GCCCGCGGUGCUCCCCCUGACGCACGCCGGGCCGGGGGCUGCCAGCCAGCGCCCCUCCACCCUUUGCGCGCCCAGCUGUUUCUAUAGGAACCGCGACAGUGCCGGGGCCCCUCCGGCAGAGGCCGGGUGCGAGCAUGCCCAGUGCAAGGCGCUAGUUUGGCUCGGGUCUAGGUUUCCAGUAAGUGGCCUGCGGGACUCCGGAGAGAUCCCACUAAGCUGAGCGGAGAGUCUUUGUGUGCAGAGGAAGGAGGCGGCGGCCUGGCCUGGAGACCCCGCCCGGGGAGCCCCCGGCAGGAACAAUGCUAGCCUGCCUGACCCGGGGGAACUUACUGGACGUCCUGCAGGAGGGCUUCAAUGAGGAGUCAAUGCCAGCUAAACAGAUGCUCCCUGGCAGCAAGCUAUCAGACAGCUUUAUGUUCCUCAUGCAACAGCUACAGGCGUACGUGGCCUGGGUGAAUGCACAGCUCAAGAAGAGGCCAGCGGUGAAGCCGGUGCAGGACCUGCGACAGGAUCUUCGGGAUGGGGUGAUCCUGGCAUAUCUCAUCGAGAUUGUUGCAGGAGAAAAACUGAAUGGGGUACAGCUGAGUCCCAGUAACCAACAGGAAAUGAAGAAUAAUGUGGAGAAAGUGCUACAGUUUGUGGCCUCUAAAAAGAUUCGAAUGCACCAGACUUCAGCUAAAGAUAUUGUGGAAGGAAACCUGAAGUCUAUCAUGAGGCUGGUCCUUGCCUUAGCAGCUCAUUUCAAACCUGGCUCCAGCAGGACAGUGAGCCAAGGACGGGACUCCAGAGCCCCUCUGCAGAGUCACCAACCACACUGUGCCACUGCUGUGGCCCAGGGAGCAGCUGCCGCUCUGGCUGAUGUGUGUCAUGACAUGUCACGGUCAGGACGGGAUGUCUUUCGAUACAGACAGAGGAACAACAGCAUGGAUGAGGAGAUUGAGAAUCCCUACUGGAGUGUGCGCGCCCUGGUACAGCAGUAUGAAGGGCAGCAGAGGUCCCCGUCUGAGUCCAGCUGCUCCAGCCUGACUUCACCCAGUCCUAUCCACAGUGCCAAGAGCGAAUCCAUUAUAACCCAGUCAGAGGAGAAGGCAGAUUUCGUGAUUAUUCCCUCUGAAGGAAUAGAGAACAGAACAGAAGAGACAGACUCUCCGUUUUCCCGAGACUGGCGACCAGGUAGCCCCGGAACCUAUCUGGAGACCUCAUGGGAAGAACAGCUGUUGGAACAGCAAGAACAUUUAGAGAAAGAAAUGGAGGAAGCAAAGAAAAUGAUAUCUGGAUUGCAGGCCUUACUGCUCAAUGGAUCCUUACCCGAAGACGAACAGGAGAGGCCCUUGGCCCUCUGUGAACCAGGAGUCAAUCCUGAGGAGCAACUGAUUAUAAUCCAAAGUCGUCUGGAUCAGAGUAUGGAGGAGAAUCAGGACCUAAAGAAGGAGCUACUGAAAUGUAAACAAGAAGCCAGAAACUUACAGGGGAUAAAGGAUGCCUUGCAGCAGAGGUUAACGCAGCAGGACACAUCUGUUCUUCAGCUCAAACAAGAACUGCUGAGAGCAAACAUGGACAAAGAUGAGCUGCACAACCAGAAUGUGGACUUACAGAGGAAGCUAGAUGAGAGGAACCGCCUCUUGGGAGAAUAUAAGAAAGAGCUGGGGCAGAAGGAGCGCCUCCUUCAGCAGCACCAAGUCAAGCUGGAGGAAGCACUCCGGAAACUCUCUGAGGCCAGUUACCAGCAGGUGGAUCUUGAGCGGGAGUUAGAACAGAAAGAUGUCCUGUUGGCUCACUGUAUGAAAAGAGAGGCUGAUGAGGUGACCAACUACAACAGUCACAACUCUCAAAGCAAUGGUUUUCUCCUUCCAGUGGCAGGAAAAGGAGCUGCUUCAAUCACUCACAAAGGGACCAGUGAUCUGCAGCUUGUUCGCGAUGCACUCCGCAGCCUCCGCAACAGCUUCAGUGGCCACGACCCUCAGCACCACACCAUCGACAGCCUGGAGCAGGGCAUCUCCAGCCUGAUGGAGCGCUUGCAUGCCAUGGAGACCCAGAAGAAACAAGACAGAAGGGUUCGGGGCAAGUCACCCAGAAGUCAAGCAGGUAGUGAAUACCGGGAGUCCUGGCCCCCUAAUUCAAAGUUGCCUCACUCACAGAGCUCGCCAGCUGUCAGCAGCACCUGCACUAAAGUGCUCUACUUCACUGACCGGUCACUUACACCCUUCAUGGUCAAUAUACCAAAGAGGUUGGGGGAGGUGACACUGAAGGAUUUUAAAGCAGCUAUUGACCGGGAGGGAAAUCACCGGUAUCACUUCAAAGCGCUGGAUCCUGAGUUUGGCACUGUCAAAGAGGAGGUUUUCCACGAUGAUGAUGCCAUCCCUGGAUGGGAAGGAAAAAUUGUAGCCUGGGUGGAAGAAGACCAUGGAGAGAAUUAAUGCUGAGUAUUGGAUUGGGGGCUGAUGGAACUUGGUACCCCCUGGCUGUUUCACUCAGGAAAGAAGACUGAAACCAGAAUACACGAAGAAGUUUCUAGUUCGUGCUGCCAAAACAGAAGCUUCUCCAAGUGUGACAGCCUCAAGCCAGUACUAUUUCUGUGCCUGGCAUAUGUGGUAUUUAAAAUCCCUGUCCAACUGUAGACCAUGGGUUCAUCUGGAGUUCCUUGUCCGUGGGAACACAGUGUUUUAUUCUACUCUGAGGACAACAAACCGAAGGCCUUAACCAAUGGGAAUGGAUGAUCUCGCUCCAGUAGGGGCAUGGCUGCUAUUAUCUGGAACCUGGGAAUUGGAUGCAUCUCUCCUGUGUGUUACAGUAUUCUUUUAAUUGGCCUCAAUGGUUGCAGCAAUCAGAGUCCCAGCAUUUGUACUCACAGACAAGGCAAAGGUACCAGCUUUUUUGCUUCUUUGCAGCUAUUGCAAACCAAGAGUAACUCAUGAGGUGGUACCAAAGAUGAAAGCCCACUCUUCAGGAAUUUUUUUGACUGGACAUGGAUGGUGCUGAACUGUUGAUUGGAUAGAAAAAGGGCUGCCCAUAUUGUGCUAUACUGUGCUAAAACCAUGAUGAAGUGAGACCUUGGGUUGCCUCUUGUGUCUUAACUGGUUCUGCAACUGUCCUUUAGCCCACAGAGGGCACAUUUCAUGUACUGCUAGUUUUCCCUGGGGACUCUUUCACUGUAGAGCCAUUUUUUUUUUCCCCUUCCAACUGAUGAACUUUGUGUUUGAAAGGAAUGAGGAGUUAAAAUCUCCUUUAAAAUCCAGGCGGGUAUGGAAAGGUGCUGCUACCCAUAUUUUCUUGACUUACUUUCUCUCAUGACUUCAGCUCAUGGCAUCUCCUUUGCAGUCAAAAGGAGACAGACUAUUAAUUUCAGUAUUUGUGAUUUAGGAGUACUGAGCAUGAGUUACUGGUCUGCCUUUCUUCAUUUCAAGUUAUUUUCUAUUAUAUAUUUAGUCUAGAUUGAUCCUUUAGGGCACAAUAGGAACCAUGGGGCAUGGUGCAUGAGUUGUGAAUGGCAGGGUUGAUUCUGGGUUAAAAAAAAACAACAACCUUAGAAUCCUUUCUCAUGUGCAACAUUGUCAAGUGUAGAAGGUAAAAGAAGAGUUAAACUUCCAGAGAUUACUUAAUAACUUGGGUUUUCUCAGUCAUUUACAAAGCACCAUCAACUAAUCAGCCAUACACGCGCGCACACACACACACACACACACACACACGCACACACACAUUCAUUCCCAAAAGCAGUCGGCCUGUGACCACCAAUGUACACUGCCAACCAGAAGAGUCAGACAAGUCAUUUCUGGGUUCUUGACCUGUCUGUCUCUAGUUCAUCUCUCUUUCCAGCUAUUUCAACACACUACUCAUUGAAGCUCUGAAAUGACAUUUUGUUGUUUUAUAUAGAUGUAUCUUUUAAAAAUAUUUCAUGUUUGGAGAAUUCUUUUGUACCCAUUUGCUUUUUGUCUGAGAACCAUGUCUAUUUUUAUAACUUGAGUGUGAGUUCCAUAUGUCCUCACAUUCUGUAUACUGUACCCAUUUUCUAGAGAACCCAGUAGCUUUUAUACAGGCUCUUCUCUUCUUAGCCCUUGUGGUUUCAGAACAAGCUUUAUUUUAUUACAAGUAUACUAAUGACAACUCCUGGUUCUAAUUCUACCUGCCAUUUUGGUUGUGGAGGUAGUUUUAUGUAAUCUAUUUGAUUGCUCCUCUAGCAGACAGAAGGAGCUCAAAAGAUGUGAUAUCCUUCAGUAAGUUUACCUGAUCUACUGAAGAAUUUCUUAGCAGAAAUGACUGGGAAAGUUUGGGAAAGUCAGUCAUAAAGGAAGAAUAAUUCAUUAUGAAAGCAAACAGAAGAAAAUAGGAUAUUCUGAGCCCCCCCCUCCCGCCCCCCUCAGGAAGUCUGAAGAAAAAGUCCUCAUGUCACCAACUUCUCUGUUGCAUGAAUUUUAGUGUUUUGCUAUAAGACAGCAUGAGGGUUAUCAGGCCAAAAUUUGUUAUUGUGUUUCCAGUACAAUUUAUCUUGAAUAUUUAAGUUAGUUUUUAUUCGUCAGUUUUCUUUGAGCAAACAUUCUUACCAUUAUGUAGAAUUUAGCUUUUCAGAGAAAAUUAAAUGAGAGAAAAAUGUCAAAGUCCUCUGCCUUAUUUGGCUUUUAUAUCUCUGUCCUUUGGAAGAGGAGCUGAAUGGCUUAGUGCCUCCACAAAAAGCUGAAGUUGAGUUCCGGGGAGAGAAUGAAGUCAUUUUUCCCCUUUAGCUCAUUAAUUCUCAUAUGCCAUGUAAUAACUAAACACCCCAUCACAGGAUGUCACUCCAGUAAUUCUUGUGUACAAUGUGUGGGUAAUCCCCAUUCCAGUUUCUAAAGGCAGGAACCUCCUGAGGAAGCAGGUGCAUUGGUUCCUUUUGGUUUGAAGAGAGUACUAUUUGUUACACUAUGGCUGCACUCGAAGCCUCUUGACUUAUUCAGAGAAUUGACCCCUGGUGACAUUUGUGUGGGACAGUCCAUCCUGACCUUGAAAUUCUAUUUCUUUGAAAAAACUAAGGAACUAGAAUGUUUAGAGUUCAUAAAAUAACCUCUCAACUCUGGGAGAUUUAAAAAAAAUGAUCCUCUCACAAAAAUUAGUUUAGAAGAAAGCCCAAUUCCUUCAGAAAUCAUCAUUUAAAAAACUGACAACUAUUCACACUCAGUUCCUUAAAUUAGCUGGAAUUGGAACAUUUUACAAUUUGUACCUAAAGAAUUUGGGAUAAAUUUACUUGUUAAUGGCAUUCCUACUUACUGAUUAACAUUUCAGCUCUUUUGACCAGGAUGGUUGUAAAUUAGGGAAAAUAUCUGUAUGUUCUACAUCCAAUUCAAGAGGACUCUAAUUACUUAAGAGCAUUUAUGUCAUAAUUAUAAUUUUCAUUUUUUCCAUAAAAUAAGCAUUAUGAUUGCACACUCCUAUUGUCUGAAUUUAUGUAAGAGGUAUAGCUUGCUUAAAAUAUAUAUGUAAAGUUAUAUUUUCUUAGAAACAUGGAUGUUUGCAACCUUUGCUUUCAUAGAGAUUACCACCAUGCAUUCUCCCUGUUUUGUUUUCAUGAAGACUGUGUUAUAUACCAGAGGCUUCUGAUUAUCAGUGAUAACCAGUUUUAACUGCCUGUAUGUACCAGAUUUGUGAACUAAUUUAAAAAAGCAGAAACAAACCAUGAAUAAAAUGGAGUUUGCAAACUAAAUACCAUUAA